UCCGCCAUAUUUGUUGAAGCCGCUUACAACUGUCUAUUUUUUUCUCGUCGUGUCUGUGUGUGCUUAAUUAUUUGUUGUGGAAAUUAAGCCAAUUUCGUGUGCUUAAAUAGCGUAAAAGUUGCAUUCGACAGCUACAAUGGCAUCGGAGGAAGAGAAUGACGAUAAUUUCCAGGAAGAAGAAGAGGCCCAGGAGGACAAUGCACCUGCGGCGGAACUUUCCAACGAUUCCGAUGCGCCUCUAAAGCCGAAUAAUGACGAGGAUGACGACUACGAUCCGGAGGAUAAUCGCAAGAAGAAGAAGGGCAAGAAGCGCAAGACCAGGAAGGGCGAGGAGAAGGGACGCAAGAAGAAGAAGCGCAAGAAGAACGAGAGCGAGGAGGACAGCGACUUUGUCCAGCACGACGAGGAGGUGGAGUAUCCCAGCACCUCGAAGCGCGGCAGGAAGCGCAAGGAGGAGAAGCAGGCCGCCAAGGAGAAGGAGUCGGCAUCAUCAGGAAUGCCCUCCGUGGAGGACGUGUGCUCGGCCUUCAGCGUGUGCGACGUGGAGAUCGAGUAUAGCGAGGAGGAGCUGCAGAGCCUGACCACCUACAAGGCCUUCAUGCAGCAUGUGCGACCCAUUCUGCAGAAGGAGAACCCCAAGAUUGCGGCACCCAAGCUGAUGAUGCUGGUGGCCGCCAAGUGGCGUGAGUUCUGCGAGAGCAAUCCGCACAUUCAGCAGGAGGGCGGUGCCGCCGGAUCGGGCACAUCCGCUGCUGGCCAGGCACGCAGUGGCGCCGACGAUGAGCCGGAGGAGCCGCGAUCCUCGCGCUCUUCGCGCAACGAAAAGCCCGACGACAUCUACGAGGAGGUUGUCGAGGAGGAGGAAGAGGAGGAGGAGGAGGAGAAGAAGCCGCGCCGCAAGCGCAGUGGACGCGGCAAGAAGGGCCGCCGUCCCUCGGCCAAGGUGCCCACCCUGAAGAUCAAGUUGCUCGGCAAGCGCAAGCGGGACAGUUCGGACGAGGAGCCGGAAGCCAGCGGUGCAUCCGAACGCGAUUCGGAUUUGGAGUUUGAACGCAUGCUCCAGAAAUCGGAUGACAGUGCCGAUGAGAAGGAGACGCCCGUCGCCUCCUCCUCCGCCAAGGCAGACAAGGCGGACAAGGCUGACUCGCAAUUGGCUGCCCAGGAAGACGGUGCUCCGGUGGUGCGCAAGAAGGCCAAGACCAAGAUUGGCAACAAGUUCAAGAAGAAGAACAAACUGAAGAAGACCAAGAACUUCCCGGAGGGCGAGGAUGGCGAGCAUGAGCACCAGGACUACUGCGAGGUUUGCCAGCAGGGCGGCGAGAUUAUCCUGUGCGACACCUGCCCGCGAGCCUAUCACUUGGUUUGCCUGGAGCCCGAAUUGGAUGAGCCGCCGGAGGGCAAGUGGUCGUGUCCGCAUUGCGAGGCGGAUGGCGGUGCCGCCGAGGAGGAGGACGACGAUGAGCAUCAGGAGUUCUGCCGCGUGUGCAAGGAUGGCGGCGAGUUGCUGUGCUGCGACUCGUGUCCCUCUGCCUACCACACGUUCUGCUUGAAUCCCCCACUGGACAACAUACCCGAUGGCGAUUGGCGCUGUCCACGCUGCAGCUGCCCACCGCUCACUGGCAAAGCGGAGAAGAUCAUCACCUGGCGCUGGGCAGUGCGCCCUAGCGAGGAUGGACCCUCCACCUCCAAGGGUUCGAAGAGUAGCAACUCGCGAGUCCGCGAAUAUUUCAUCAAGUGGCACAACAUGUCGUACUGGCACUGUGAAUGGGUGCCAGAGGUUCAAUUGGAUGUCCACCAUCCCCUGAUGAUUCGCUCGUUCCAACGGAAAUACGACAUGGAGGAGCCACCCAAGUUCGAGGAGUCGCUGGAUGAGGCGGACACCCGGUUCAAGCGCAUCCAGCGGCACAAGGACAAGGUGGGCAUGAAGGCCGACGACGACAGCGAGCUGCUGGAGGAGAAGUUCUACAAGAAUGGCGUCAAGCCCGAGUGGCUCAUAGUCCAGCGGGUGAUCAAUCAUCGUACGGCUCGCGACGGCAGCACCAUGUAUCUGGUGAAGUGGCGCGAGCUGCCCUACGACAAGUCCACGUGGGAGGAGGAGGGCGAUGACAUCCAGGGCCUCCGGCAGGCCAUCGAUUACUAUCAGGAUCUGCGGGCCGUUUGCACCUCGGAGACCACGCAGUCGCGCAGCAAGAAGAGCAAGAAGGGUCGCAGGUCCAAGCUGAAGGUGGAGGACGAUGAAGAUCGCCCGGUGAAGCACUACACACCGCCGCCAGAUAAACCUACUACUGAUUUGAAGAAGAAGUACGAAGAUCAGCCAGGCUUUUUGGAGGGAACCGGCAUGCAAUUGCAUCCUUACCAAAUAGAAGGCAUCAACUGGUUGCGCUACAGCUGGGGCCAAGGGAUCGACACCAUUCUGGCCGACGAAAUGGGUCUGGGUAAAACGAUUCAGACGGUCACGUUCUUGUACUCGCUGUACAAGGAGGGCCAUUGCCGUGGACCCUUCCUGGUGGCCGUGCCCCUCUCCACUCUGGUCAAUUGGGAGCGUGAGUUUGAGCUCUGGGCACCGGAUUUCUAUUGCAUCACCUACAUUGGCGACAAGGACUCGCGGGCGGUGAUACGUGAGAACGAGCUGAGCUUCGAGGAGGGCGCCAUUCGGGGCAGCAAGGUCUCGCGAUUGCGGACCACCCAGUACAAGUUCAAUGUGCUGCUCACCAGCUACGAGUUGAUCUCCAUGGACGCCGCCUGCUUGGGCAGCAUCGAUUGGGCCGUUCUGGUGGUGGAUGAGGCGCAUCGCUUGAAGAGCAACCAGAGCAAGUUCUUCCGCAUACUUAACAGCUAUGGGAUUGCCUACAAGCUGCUGCUCACGGGCACUCCGCUGCAGAACAACCUCGAGGAGCUGUUCCAUUUGCUCAACUUCUUGAGUCGCGACAAGUUCAACGAUCUGCAGGCCUUCCAGGGUGAAUUCGCUGAUGUUUCGAAGGAGGAGCAGGUUAAGCGACUGCACGAGAUGCUCGGACCGCACAUGCUGCGUCGCCUGAAAACGGAUGUGCUGAAGAACAUGCCCUCCAAGUCGGAGUUCAUUGUGCGUGUCGAGUUGUCGGCCAUGCAGAAGAAGUUCUACAAGUUUAUCUUGACCAAGAACUACGAGGCUCUGAACUCGAAGAGCGGCGGCGGCUCCUGUUCGCUGAUCAACAUCAUGAUGGACCUGAAGAAGUGCUGCAACCAUCCGUAUCUCUUUCCCUCCGCGGCCGAAGAGGCAACCACCUCGGCUGGUGGUCUCUACGAGAUUAAUUCGCUGACCAAGGCAGCCGGCAAGUUGGUGCUACUUUCCAAAAUGCUCAAGCAGCUGAAGUCGCAGAACCAUCGUGUGCUGAUCUUCUCGCAGAUGACCAAGAUGUUGGAUAUACUGGAGGACUUUCUCGAGGGCGAGCAGUACAAGUACGAGCGGAUUGACGGCGGAAUCACGGGCACGCUGCGUCAGGAAGCCAUCGAUCGGUUCAAUGCCCCCGGAGCGCAGCAGUUUGUCUUUCUGCUGAGUACUCGUGCCGGCGGAUUGGGCAUUAACCUGGCCACGGCGGACACUGUCAUCAUCUAUGACUCGGAUUGGAAUCCCCACAACGAUAUCCAGGCCUUCUCGCGAGCCCAUCGCAUCGGGCAGGCCAACAAGGUGAUGAUCUAUCGAUUCGUGACCCGCAAUUCGGUGGAGGAGCGAGUUACCCAGGUGGCCAAGCGAAAGAUGAUGCUGACCCAUCUGGUGGUGCGACCGGGAAUGGGCGGCAAGGGUGCGAACUUCACGAAGCAGGAGCUGGACGACAUCCUGCGCUUCGGCACUGAGGAUCUGUUCAAGGAGGAUGACAAGGAGGAGGCCAUUCACUAUGACGACAAGGCGGUGGCCGAGCUGCUGGACCGAACUAAUCGGGGAAUCGAGGAGAAAGAGUCCUGGGCGAAUGAGUAUCUGUCCUCGUUCAAGGUGGCUUCCUAUGCCACCAAGGAGGAGGAGGAGGAGGAGGAGACGGAGAUCAUCAAGCAGGACGCCGAGAACUCUGAUCCGGCGUACUGGGUGAAGCUGCUGCGCCAUCACUACGAGCAGCACCAGGAGGAUGUGGGUCGCAGCCUGGGCAAGGGCAAGCGGGUGCGCAAGCAGGUCAACUACACGGAUGGCGGCGUUGUGGCGGCGGAUACCACACGAGAUGAUUCCAACUGGCAGGACAAUGGCAGCGAAUACAACUCGGAGUAUUCGGCUGGUUCUGAUGAGGAUGGCGGCGACGAUGACUUCGAUGAACAGAACGGCGGCGAGCGGAAGGCCAAGCGGCGUUUGGAGCGACGCGACGAUCGUCCAUUGCCUCCUUUGCUGGCCCGCGUGGGCGGAAACAUCGAGGUGCUCGGCUUUAAUGCCCGUCAACGCAAGAGCUUCCUCAAUGCCAUCAUGCGGUACGGAAUGCCGCCGCAGGAUGCCUUCAACUCGCAGUGGUUGGUCCGCGAUUUGCGUGGCAAGUCGGAGAGGAAUUUCAAAGCUUAUGUCUCCCUUUUCAUGCGGCACCUUUGUGAGCCAGGAGCGGACAAUGCGGAGACCUUUGCCGAUGGUGUGCCGCGCGAGGGACUCUCCCGCCAGCACGUUCUCACCCGGAUCGGUGUGAUGUCUCUGAUUCGCAAGAAGGUGCAGGAAUUCGAGCAUAUUAACGGCUACUACAGCAUGCCGGAGCUGAUCCUCAAGCCAUGCGAACCGGUGCGUUCGGCUCUGAAGCAGGAUGUGGCGGCACUGGAGGCUGCUCCCGCCGCCGCCGCCGCCGCCGCUGUGGACAAGAGCGCUACGACCAGCAACAGCGCCACUCCGGCCACCAGUGCGGCACCCAGUCCGGCACCAGCAUCCGAGAAGGGCGAGGAAAAGGACAAGGAUUCGGAAAAGGAGAAGGAUAAGGAUAAGGAGAAGGCCUCCCCUGAGAAGAGCGAGGUGAAGCAAGAACAAGAGGGUGAGGAGGACAAGAAGCCCGGGGAGGUCAAGCAGGAGCAACCAGUGGAAGAAACCUCCAUUGGCGACACAAAGCCAAGCGAGGCGGUAGAUGUCAAGACCGAGUUGGCCAAGACAGAGCCCAAGGAGGAGGCCAAGGACCCUGAGCUAAAGGAAGAGCCCAAGACCGAAGAAAAGGAAAAGGAGAAGGUGGAGGACAAGAAGCCCAUAGCAGCAGCAACCACAGUUAUCGACGACGACGACGACGAUGUGAUGAUUGUCAAGGAGGACGGUGAGCUGGAGAAGCCCAGCGCCAGUUCGCCCAAGGAUCACAAGGCGGCGGCCGCUGCUGCCGCUGCCGCAACUGGAGCCACCGGCAAGGGAGUGGAGGACAGUUUGGAGGUCCUAAAGCGCAAAUUCAUGUUCAAUAUCGCCGAUGGCGGAUUCACAGAGCUGCACACCUUGUGGCUCAACGAGGAGAAGGCUGCGGUGCCCGGCAGGGAGUACGAGAUCUGGCACCGUCGCCACGACUACUGGCUGCUGGCCGGCAUCGUGACCCACGGCUAUGGACGCUGGCAGGACAUUCAGAACGAUAUCCGCUUCGCCAUCAUCAACGAACCCUUCAAAAUGGACGUGGGCAAGGGCAACUUCCUGGAGAUCAAGAACAAGUUCCUGGCCCGCCGCUUCAAGCUGCUGGAACAGGCGUUGGUUAUCGAGGAGCAGCUGCGCCGCGCGGCCUAUCUUAAUCUCGCCCAGGAUCCCAGCCAUCCGGCCAUGUCGCUGAAUGCCCGUUUCGCUGAGGUCGAAUGCCUGGCCGAGUCCCAUCAGCAUCUCAGCAAGGAAUCGCUGGCAGGCAACAAGCCAGCCAAUGCGGUGCUGCACAAGGUGCUCAAUCAGCUCGAGGAGCUGCUCUCGGACAUGAAGAGCGAUGUGUCCCGGCUGCCGGCCACGCUGGCCCGCAUCCCACCGGUGGCCCAGCGGCUCCAGAUGUCCGAGCGAUCGAUUCUCUCCCGCCUGGCGGCCACCGCCGGCAAUGCCUCGAAUGCUGCUCAAUUAAUGGCACAAUUCCCGGCUGGAUUCCAGGGCACAACAUUGCCAGCAUUCACCAGCGGACCGGCUGGCAACUUUGCCAACUUCCGGCCACAGUUCUCGGUGCCCGGCCAGCUAUCGAAUAAUUCCGGCGUCUAGGCAUCUCCUCAAUAUAUCUAUGUUAAGAGCAUUCGUAUUCCAUGCAAAUAUACUUUACUCAAGCUAAGAAUUAAACACCCGCACACCCACAACUUAUAUUUAUCAUAAUCAUUUGCAAUGAAAUCCCGAUAACAAAAGCAAAAAACGAUCCAUGUCGCGUUCACAAAAAUUAACAAUUCAAAACGUUUGACACUUGACGAAACGCGAGUUUGGUUCUCAGAUCUCGGAUCUCAGCGGAACACGACUCGUGAUCAAUUCACUUACGACAAGUAUAAUAGUCCUUAUUUACUUCUUUACUAUGUGAUUACAUAAUCUAGAUACGAAAUAUAAAUGUAUUGAAUUCCAUUGCAAAAAAGGAGGAGAGAAUUAUUUAUUUGGGUAUUAUUGCAGAUAUUUGGGUCUUAAUAACUUAUUAAAAAUGCCAUUUGGUUCAAGCGAUAAAAGUUGAUUUAUUCAUAGCUUUUCGUUUCGAAUAUAUCAUCAUGUUCAUGUAUAUUAAUAUAAAUUAGUUAAGUUCUGUAUACAUAUAUAGGUAUAUAUAUAUCUGCGGGUGUAUAUAUAUAAUUUGUAAAUAUCAAAUACAUAAUCAUUAGACAUAUUGAA